CAGCGAUCAGUGGUGCGCUGUGUCGCUGGGUUACAGCGGAUCACCGUAAAGAGCUGAUGACAUCGGCUCUGUCAUGUGAUCAGCUGUGUCCAAUCACAGCUGAUCGCAUGGGAUAUCUACACUGAUCAUCAGGGCACUGAUGAUCAGUGUCCUGAUGAUCAGUGUAGCCCCAGCAGCGCCACCUGUCAGUGUCCAUCAUUGCCACCUGUCAGUUACCCAUCAAUGCCACAUACCAGUGCCCAUCAGUGCACAUCAAUGCCACAUAUCAGUGCCCAUCAGAGCUGCCUUUCAGUGCCAACUAUCAGUGCCAGUCAGUGCCGCCAAUCAGUGCCACCUAUCAAUACUGCCUAUCUGUGCCAGUCAGUGCUGCCUAUCAGUGCCACAUGAG